AUGAGCCUGCUGGCGCUCAGGGCGAAACGCUCGCCUGUCCGUCAGUGGGUUGUGUGCACCACCUGCCCAGCGGUCUACUGCUCGGCAGCAUGCAGAGAUGCGCAUCGGCUCGAGGGCCAUGCUGACGUCUGCCGCGGACAGAGUCUGGAUGGUGCGACGGAGACAACAGCAGCCGAGGCUGGCGGAGGGCCGAAGAUGAAGAAGAGCAAGCGGAAGCGGAAGCGAAAGCGGAAGGCCAAGGUCAAGGCCAAGGCAAAUGCUGAUGAUGAAAGCGAGGUUGAGGAGUUACCAGCGGUCAGCGCCCCCGACACGACUCCAGGCCCCCCCUCGCCACGGCGGCGGCGACGGAACAACCGCAUCGGCGCUGCGCCGGUGGCCGAGACGCAGCCGGCGCGCGGCACGACGCCAUUUCCAGUAUACAAGUCGCAGGUGGCACGGCCUGUGGUGUCGCGGAUCGAUCGGCAAGCCGCAGAGUUGCGCGAGCGAGAGCGGGCGGCCCAAGUGGCGGCCAAGAAUCAGGCGCGGAUGUCGGCGGCGGCGGCACGGCGCGAGGCCAAGCUCAAGGCGGUGGCGUCGCGAAUGGCGCAGCUGGCCGGGAGCCGGGGCGAGAGUGCGGGCAGACCGGCGCCGCGGCCGGAGCUGGCGCCACACACCCAAUCGCCGGAGGAGACCAAGACCGCCGAGAGCCUGCUGGAGGCCUCGCUGCGUCGGCAAGAGGCAGCGGCGGCACGGCGGGCAUAUCAGGCACAACUCAUGGCAGCGCGGCCAGUGCGAGUUGCCCGCGGCGGCAACCUGGUGGUGGCGCGGGCCCUGCCGCUCCCGUCGCCGCCGCCGCUCUCGACGCUCCGGCACCCGGAGCGAGCUGCGACGCGGUCAGCGACGCGGUCGGCAACACGGUCGGCAUCUCCAGAUCCUCUGCCACCCAGCUCACACCCGUACCGCCGCCGGCAUCGGCACCACCGUCGCAAACACAAGCACGUGUCCAGGACCGAGGCUGCCGAGCGGCGGCGGGCUCGGUCGGCAAGCGUGCCCAGCACGCCGCGGACUGGCAGCUCCGGCUUGGUGCCGACAUCGGAGCCGCGACAGCGGCGGCGGCGGCGGCGGCGACGGUACCUCAAGGCCGAUUCAAAGCAGCAGACGCGCGGCCGAUCGCUCUCGUCCGGGUCGGGCUCACCGGGGUGGCUGUAGUGAGGGUGCGGGAGUGAGUGUUCAAUGACUGCUCGCGGCGACGGUGGACAGAGCGGCGUCGGAGAUUGGAAACUGCAGCUCGUCGAUGAGGUCGGCCUCGUCGA